AUGGUGGAGUUCCCUCGCUCUCUGUUUUCGUUCCACAAAAAGUCAGCCCCCACCGUCACCGACACAAACAGCUCCCCCAACCCCCCCGCCGGCAGUUACUCCAACACAACCACAGGCCCCAGCACCAACACAAACGCCCCGUCGCCCGCGCCCCCGAUCCUGCGAUCUCCAUCCACCACACACCUUCAACAAGUCCCCAAGGCCGUGUGCACCAGCGAAACCGUCAACGUCUCCGGCGAGAUCAUCCACGGCAAACGUCAAUCCCGGGACCGUCUCCAGGAACUCGAUCUGAAAAAGAAGUCGCUGUCGUCCAACACCACCACCCCAACCGUCAGCCAACCAACCUCCAGCAAGUCGUCGCUCAACUCCACCACCAUGAACUUUGGCCAGAUCCAGGAAAAAACCCCGCACGUGGGGCUCGAAGAAUCCACCUCGUCCAAGGCCAAACUGGUGGCGAAAAUCGUCGCCGCCCGAAACCUGCAGGCCGCCCCCAACUGCAGACCCUACGUGGUGUGCACCUUCGGCACCUCCGAGUUCAUCACCGAGACCGGCGACUCGGAUCCUAACGACGUGGCCAUGGGCAACACCACCCCUAUGGCGUCCAACGCCGGCGUCAACAUCAUGCCCAAGAAGCCCAUCAUGGCGUCGGGACACACCGUCGGAUCCAUCAACCCCACAUGGAAGGAAGAGACCGUGUUCGACGUGACCGCCCGUGACGCCUCGGAGCUCGUCAUCUCCGUCUACGACGGCGCCAACAACGACGCCUUUCUGGGCCACGUGCGCAUCUCGACGAUCCUGGGCCCCGGCAAGGUGCUCGAUGCGUGGUACCCGCUGGAAAACCGAGUCGAGGGCGAGCACGUCAAUGGCGAGGUGCGAGUGCAGGCGUACUACGAAGACACGGUGCGAACGAAGAUGGGCCCCGAGGACUUUGAGAUUCUGCGGCUCAUUGGCAAGGGCACCUUUGGCCAGGUCUAUCAGGUGCGAAAGAAGGACACGCGCCGAAUCUACGCCAUGAAGGUGCUGUCCAAGAAGGUGGUUGUGCAGAAGAAGGAGAUUGCUCACACAAUUGGCGAGCGAGACAUUCUCGUGCGAACUUCUACUACCCAGUCACCCUUCAUUGUCGGCCUCAAGUUUUCGUUCCAGACCGAGGCGGACCUGUACUUUGUUACCGAUUACAUGAGCGGAGGCGAACUGUUCUGGCACCUGCAGCGAGAGGGCCGAUUCAGCGAGCAGCGAGCCAAGUUUUACAUCGCCGAGCUCGUCAUUGCGCUGGAACACCUGCACGACAACAACAUUGUGUACCGAGACCUCAAGCCCGAAAACAUUCUGCUUGACGCCAACGGACACAUUGCUCUGUGUGACUUUGGUCUGUCCAAGGCCAAUGUGACCCAGGGAGACACCACGUCCACAUUUUGCGGCACCACCGAGUACCUUGCCCCCGAGGUGCUGCUGGACGAGUCCGGAUACACCAAGAUGGUCGACUUUUGGUCGCUGGGCGUGCUCAUUUUCGAAAUGUGCUGCGGCUGGUCGCCAUUCCACGCCGAUGACACCCAGCAGAUGUACAAGAACAUUGCUUUUGGCAAGGUCAAGUUCCCCAAGGAUGCUUUGUCUGCCGAGGGCCGAUCGUUCGUCAAGGGUCUGCUCAACAGAAACCCCGAAAACCGGCUGGGAGCCCAGGAUGACGCUCGAGAGCUGCGGCGCCAUCCCUUUUUCCACGAUAUCGACUGGGACCAGCUCAUCCAGAAGAAGAUCCCUCCUCCGUUCAAGCCACACGUGGCGUCGGAGACUGACACUUCCAACUUUGACCCCGAGUUCACCGAGGCGUCGACCUCGUUGUUCAAGUCGAUGAAGGUGGGCACCCCACUGUCGCCACGAAUCCAGGACAAUUUCGUGGGCUUCACCUUUGUUGGCGAGUCGUCCAUGGAUGAGCAUUUCAAGCACCGGCCCACCUCUCGACCCGUGGAGACUGUAGAUGAGGAUAUGAUGGAGAGUGAUAACGAGGACGAGGAUAUGGGCGAUGAGGAGAUGUUCAGCGGGCGGUUUGAGAUGUAA